AUGGGUGACAAGGAUAGUUUGGUUGACAUCUGCCUUAGAGUGGGAGGUGCUUUUGUCCCUAAAAGAGUAACCAAAAACAGGCAGCUGCUGUGUUGGUGUGGUGGUUGGUGUUACUGGAAGAGGAAGGUUCAAGUAUCUAAGUUGGAUGUGCAUUUGAUUAGAACAGCUGCAAUUCAUGGUUUUGUUAAUGGUGAUAUGGAUGUGCCUAUGCAUUACAGCUGUUGGUAUAGGCAGAAGGGGAAAACCUUUAACACUGGGAAAAGGGAACUAGUUAACAGUGAAGAGGUUAAGGGCCUUUUGGAGACAUCAGCCCAUACAAGAGGCCCAACCCAAUCCUGCAAAGACAAAAAAAAGGAUAAGAAGGUAGAAAGUUCAAAUACAUCGACUAUUAGGAGGAGCCCUAGGUUUAAGAAGACAGAAACUGAACAAAGGGAGGAGAGUCCACCUAGGAAAGCCUCAGCUAAUGCUAAAGUGUUGAGGUUUGAUGAAGAAAAGGAUGAUGGAUGUGAAGGAUCUGGUUAUUCAAGUUCAGAUUUGAGUGAUGAGGGACAAGAUUGGGAACCUGGUGAAGAAGAAUUUGAUGAAGGGGAUGAGGAAUGGUAUAUUGAAGGGUCAAAGGAGAUCUUGGCCAAAGUGAACAAGAGCCUUAGGAAAGGUUUGGAGAGUGCAGUAGAUGACAGGGUUGGCAAAGAUAAGAGAGUAGAGUUGAGAAAUGAUUUGGAUGUUGGAAAACCGAAGGUGAAUCCAGAAAGUGAUGCUGAUUCAGAUGAUUCAAGGAGUUUGUGUGGAUCUGAUGAGGAACAGGACUAUGCUCCUUGGUUUAAUGCUGAUGUGGACUUUGACAACCCAAUCAAGUUGAAGUUAAAUCAGAAAUUCAGUAAUGCUUCAGUCUUGAGGAGGGCCUUAAGACUUCAUGCCAUUCAAAACAGGUAUGAGUUCUACUACUUGCAUAAUGACAGUAAAAGGAUUACAGUUCAGUGUAGAUAUAGAUGUGGCUGUGAGUUCAAUAGCUACACUUGUAGAAUGCCUGCUUGUACAUGUGUGGGGGGGGGGGUAAAGUGUCAGUUCAAGGUGUUUGCAUCAAAACUUGUUAAGCAGCAAACUUGGCAAAUCAAAACCUUGAAUUUAGACCAUUCCUGCUUCAGAGUAAAGAAGAACAAGAUGCUUACUGCUGAAUACAUAGCAGAGAGGUAUUUAGAAGAGUUUAGGAGUAACCCUGGUUGGAGAAUUAAGGAGAUUAGGGCUAGGAUUUUGAAUGAUUUAGGAGUUGAUGUGAGUUACUAUAAGGCAUGGCUAGCUAGGUGUAGGGCAAAACUACUGAUAUUUGGUUCAGCUAGGGAGCAGUAUGCUAGGGUGUGGGAUUAUGGGAAAGCUGUGAUGAAGUACAACCCUGGUUCAGGGUGCAAUGUUGUUGUUGAUGGUAUUGACAGGCCAGAGCCACCAUUGUUCAUGAGGAUGUUCAUCUGUUUAAGGCCAUUGAGAGAUGGAUUUGCAAAGGGUUGUAGGCCUUUAAUAGGGUUGGAUGGUUGUCACCUCAAGGGUGCCUUUCCUGGGCAAAUUCUGGUGGCAGUUGCUAAGGAUGGGAAUAACAACUUGUUUCCUCUAGCUUGGGCCACAGUGGAGAUUGAAAACCAGGAAACUUGGGGUUGGUUCUUGGAAUCCCUUAUGUCAAUGUUCACACAUGAUCAAGGAGCUGGGCUGACCAUCAUGUCUGACAGGCAAAAGGGUUUGAUUAAAGCAAUGGCUGAUGUUAUUCCCAAAGCUGAGCAAAGGUUUUGUGUGAGGCAUAUUUGGGCUAACUUCAAGCUCAACUUCACUGGAUCAACCUUUAAGGAGCUGUUUUGGAGAGCAGCUAGGGCCACCACCAUUUUUGAGCAUGAAAUUGCCAUGGAGUCUAUCAAAUUCCUCGAUGAAGAGGCAUAUGAGUAUUUAAUCAACAUUCCUCCCCACCAUUGGUCUAGACAUGCAUUCACACCAAACUGCAAGUCCAACAUGUUGUUGAACAACAUGUGUGAGACUUUCAAUGCAGUCAUUAGGCCUGCCAGAGAUAAACCUAUCCUCACCCAAAUGGAAUGGAUGAGGAGGUAUAUUAUGAACAGGAAUAAUGAAAAGUGGGAGGAUUCAAAAACAAUUACACACAACUUAGUGCCAUAUGUGAGGCAUGUUCUGGGGAGGAUAGACUUUGUGGCUAGGUCCUGUGUGGUGCAGCCAUCCAGAGGGAAUACAUUUGAGGUGCAGCUGAAGGAUGACCAGGUGUUGGUUGAUUUGGACAAGGAGACCUGCACAUGUUACCAUUGGGAACUCACUGGCAUUCCAUGUGUUCAUGCUUAUGCCUGCAUAUUGGAUAUGAGGGGUGACAUAGAGGCUGUUGUUGACCCAUACUAUACCAUGGACACAUACAGGUCUGCUUAUGAACCAGCUGUCCAACCAAUGCCUGGCCCAAAGCACUGGGAGAGAGUCAGAAUGAGGGAACCACUACCCCCUUCUGUUAAGGUGCAACCUGGGAGACCAAAGAGCAAAAAAAGGAAGCUUGAGCCAGGAGAAUGUUCUUCUUCAGGUGGUCAGGCAAGUACCAAGAGGAAGAAGCAAUGCAGCAACUGUGGGGGAUAUAGGCAUUAUGCCAAGACUUGCAAAGUACCUGCUGCACCAGCUACAGAGCUGAUAAAGUCAGCAGGCAGACCCCCACUGAACACUCCUUGGAUGGUGGAGGAGAGGAAGAAGAAAGAGAUUAGGGCUGCUAAAAAGGUAACACAAGCAUUACACCAACUCCCCCUUUGUUUUAUAUAUGUAUGUGUCUUUUCCAUUGACUUUUUAUUUUUAUAUGCAUGUCAUAGAGUGCAAUUGGGGCUGGACCAAACAGCAUAGGAAACAAAAAGUUUCCUCAAGAGCAAGAAGGUUGUCUGCCAUUCAGCAAGCGCCCACAGCCACAGUCUUCCUCAGCUAAGCAUUCCUCAGCUCAG